GUUUCUCUGGCCAGUGUCGCUUCCACCCAUCUACAAGCAUGGGGAAUAUCUUUGCAAACCUCUUCAAGGGCCUUUUUGGCAAAAAAGAAAUGCGCAUCCUCAUGGUCGGCCUGGAUGCUGCAGGGAAGACAACGAUUCUGUACAAACUGAAGCUCGGUGAAAUUGUGACUACCAUUCCCACCAUAGGUUUCAACGUGGAGACUGUAGAGUACAAAAACAUCAGCUUCACUGUGUGGGACGUGGGUGGCCAGGACAAGAUCCGGCCUCUGUGGCGCCACUAUUUCCAGAAUACACAAGGCUUGAUCUUUGUGGUGGACAGCAAUGACAGAGAGCGUGUGAACGAGGCCCGCGAGGAGCUCAUGAGGAUGCUGGCUGAAGACGAGCUCAGGGAUGCUGUCCUCCUUGUGUUUGCCAAUAAGCAAGUAGGUAUCUGGACCAACCCUUAAAGGAGAGCUGGGUGG